AAGAAACUGAAUGACAGCACAGAAACAUGGUGGCAUCUCAGUGAAGUGGGCGAUAUUUUCGGCUAGUCAUUAAAAAAUUCAGAAGCUUAUUUAGCAAGUGUGUUUGAUACAAAUUGUAAACACCGCAUCAAUAAGCUUCACACAUUCAGGAUGACGUCUGAAGAAACCCAGAUUUCCGAGGAGCUGAAGGGAUGUUACGAGAAUCUUAUCGUAAUCGACAUCGGCGCAAACCUGACUAACAAGAAAUACGGCCGUGAUCUCGAUUCUGUUGUUCAAAGGGCAAAAGAUGCAGGUGUCCAAAAGAUUAUGGUCACGGGAACAUCAGUCCGAAACAGCAAAGAAGCCCUCCGACUGACUCGCCUCUACCCCGGUACAAUUUACUCAACAGCAGGCGUCCAUCCUCACGACGCGAAGUCAAUGGUAGAAGAGGACAUGUGGACGGAGCUGCGGCAGAUUGCUAGCGCGCCGGAGUGCGUGGCGGUGGGAGAAUGCGGCCUGAACUAUAGCAAGGAGUUCUCGGAGCCGCCUGUGCAGCGAGCAGUCUUUAAGCGGCAGGUGGAAAUGGCGUGCGACCUCCAAAAGCCUCUGUUCGUGCACGAGAAGGAAGCGCAGGAGGACCUGAUAGCGAUCCUGUCGGAGUUCGGCAGUCGCCUGCCGCCCGUCGUGGUGCACUCCUUCACCGGCUCCGUGGAGCAGGGGCUCGCCUACAUCGAGCGGGGGUACUAUCUGGGGAUCACAGGGUACAUUUGCAAGGACAAAUCCGACGGCGGCAUCCGGCGGCUGCUGGCGGAACAACUACUGCCAUUAGAUCGUCUGCUGGUGGAAACGGAUUCGCCAUUCAUGUACCCAAACACGCGCGCGUCCAAACUGCCGCUGCACGUCAAAGGCGGACUUACGGAGAGAUCAAUGAACUUCGUGAACCGCUACUGCACGUUUCAACGCAAUGAGCCGUGCGCGCUACCAGCCAUAGUGGAGUUGAUAGCUGGCUUCUUAGCCCAGAAACCUGAGGAUGUCGCUCUCGCCACUGCCUUCAACGCGCUCAAGAUCUUCGGAUUGAGCCAGUGAUGCCAAAUACAGGGUAAGGUGGCUUUGGGUAGAUGUGUAAACAGUUUUGUCUGUUGAAAUAAGAAAACGGUUGAGAAAGGCAGCUUAAAAUAAGAAACAAGUUGAGUAAGGCAGCUU